CAACAAAUCCAAGGCAUCGGAGAAAUUUUUACGCAACCUGAGAAUUGCACACCUCUCCUGCCUCCCGGCGCCUCCACCUUUCGUUCCCCCACGUCUAUCCUCUUUGCUCGUCUCUCCCGCGCCCACCACCUGUUCGACCCCGAGCUCAACCGCCUCCACCCGCGCCUGCGCCGCAGCUUAGCCUCUCGCAAUGGCGACCACCACCGCAGCCUUGGCGCCGCCUUCCACCUCGACCUCCUCCGUCCUCCUCCGCCGCCGCCUCCCUUCCUCCUCCUCUUCCUCCACCACAGCCGCCGCCCCCCGCGGCCUCGGGCCGCUGCCCUGCCGUGCGCGCCUCCGGACCGCGCGCCACGUCGCCCUCACCAGUGACGUGUCCUCCCCCGAGGACGUGGCCGCGGAGGAGGCCGCCGUCGCGCCUAAGAUCGGCAAGCGCGUCCGCGUCACGGCGCCCUUGCGCGUGUACCACGUCAUGAAGGCGCCCGACCUGGACAUCGAGGGCAUGGAGGGUGUCAUCAAGCAGUACGUGGCAAUCUGGAAGGGGAAGCGCAUCACAGCCAAUUUCCCCUUCAAGGUGGAGUUCAACCUCAGCGUGGAGGGCCAGCCCAAGCCGGUCAGGUUCUUCGUCCAUCUCCGCGAGGACGAGUUCGAGUUCAUCGACGAAUGAGACCGGGUUGGCCAAGUAAGCCUAGCGCCUUUGUUAUACAAUAAUGGCCGCAGUGGUGGCAUGUGUAUAUUGUUUCAAUUGUGCGGUGAGAAAGAUGAGACUGACGAGAUCACGAGAGUAGGGGACAUAGCAAGUAAGUUGUUUGCUUAUUGCUGUGCUCUUCCUCCUCCAGUUCGACAUCUAAUUUUUCAGAUGUGGGAAAAUGUUUGGAUGAUGAUGAUGAUCGAUAGCUAUAAAUAGUGAUCGUUUUUUCA